CUGGCAAGUCUUAAUCGAAGACGACAAUUCCAAUGAUCAUUAUCCAUUAGGGUAAGAAAUUUAUCCGCAGAAUUUCCCCCUGGCCUCUCCUCGCGUCCCACAAUUUUCUCGCUAUCCAAGCAUAUUCCUCUGCAAAUUCUCUCCAUAUCGUUUUCUUUUUCUCUCGGGAAAAUGCUUCUAGAAAUGUUUGUUCCUGCCUUAGUUUUGCUCUAAUUCAUCUUCAUUUUUGUCCCCUUUCGCACUCUCCAUGGCUAUUUUCGUUCGUUCUCCGGAAAUAUCCACCGUCUUCGAGAGGAUCUUCGCCGACCCAAAUUCGAAUGCGAAACCUAAUCCAAAAUCUAGAUCUCUGAGGAGGGUUGCGGUUUCUGCGGCUGAUACGAGAGACUGGGCUGGUUCCAAGGGUAGUACAGGUGUGGAGGAUCAGAAGACGAGAUUGUACGGACAAUUCUCGGCUCCAGUGAAGGAGAGUUACAAGAGGAGCAGCGAGGAAGAAGAGAAGCAGAACUACUAUGUCAAUUUGGGUCAUGCUAUUCGCACUCUCAGAGAGGAGUUCCCCGAUCUAUUCUACAGAGAGCUCAGUUUUGAUAUCUACAGGGAUGACAUUGUGUUCAGAGACCCUAUGAACACAUUCAUGGGCGUCGAAAACUACAAGUCGAUAUUGUGGGCAUUACGUUUUCACGGAAGGAUCUUCUUCCGUGCCCUCUGGGUUGAAGUCAUCAGCGUCUGGCAGCCUGCAGAAACCACACUAAUGAUACGGUGGACUGUCCAUGGAAUCCAUCGUGUUCCAUGGGAGAGCCAUGGAAGGUUCGAUGGCACUUCAGAGUAUAAGUUCGACAAGGACGGGAAGAUCUACAAACACAAAGUUGACAAUAUCGCCCUCAACACACCCCGAAAGUUCCACAUGCUGACAGUCCAGGAGCUCAUCGAAGCCAUUACCUGCCCUUCAACUCCAAAGCCGACAUACUUCGAGGUAUCUUUGGAAACAACAUCCUAGUACCGCCAGACAGAAGCUAUCUAUCUGAUGGAACUGAUGUCUGAAGUUCUGAGUUUCUCGGGUAUUUGUGACUCGUAAGCCUUGUGGAGGAGUUACCCGAGAAGUUAAAUGAUGUGUAUGUAUAGAUCGAGUAUAAUGCAGUAGCAGAACUGAAGUUGUAUAAGUGUAGUAUAGAAAUAGAAAAAGUGCCCUUUUUUUGGUAUAGUUUUUCAGUCUUUAAGAAACUACAAUUUCCAGUGCGUUCAUUCA